AUGGGAAUUAGCCGAAGUGGUUUAAACGAGACGCUUGCGGAUACGUUGCUUACAAAAAAUGUUACAAUCUUUGCGCCAACCAAUGGGGCGUUCUUCCGCAUGCCUAAGAAUGUGCGCUUUGGAGGACUGCAGAGGAAGAAGAAAGUUCUCUGGCAGGUGAUGGCGUAUCACGUGCUGCCACGUCGGAUGGAGAUCAAUGACAUCAAGGCACUUGGAAACGGAUUUCUGAUGGAAACACUUGGUAGCUUUUCACUCAAGAAGAACGAGACCAACAACCAGCUGUGCAUCGCCAGGGCUGAAGAAGGCUCCUGGGGCGCGAAAGUUUUGAUCGGAAACAUGUACUCCAGCCCAUCAAUUGUUGUCCAUGCGGUGGAUACCGUGCUGCUUCCAGUUACAGUCAAUAAUAAUGGCACCUAG